CCAGAACAGGAUAUUGGCAUCUCAACUGUUAAAGCUGUCUGUGACUGUUCUUCCUUGAGAUCAUUCUGAUGUCACCAGUGUAAUCUGAGCUGGGAGCUUUUGUUCACACUUUAAAUAGCAGUGCUGGAAUGAUUUUGCCACAGACUCUCUGGAGAGCCUGGAUCCGAAUUCCGGAAGAUCCCCACAUCAAUGAAAGGAAAGGGGAGCCAGCAAGCCGGCAUGUCCACAUCGCUGCGAGUCAGCCCGUCCAUCCAUGGCUACCACUUUGAUACAGCCUCCCGCAAGAAAGCUGUGGGCAACAUCUUUGAGAACAUAGACCAAGAAUCGCUCCAGAGGCUCUUCAAAAACUCUGGAGACAAGAAAGCAGAGGAGAGAGCCAAGAUCAUCUUCUCCAUAGAUCAAGAUUUGGAGGAGAAAACUCGAGCCCUGAUGGCCCUGAAGAAGAGGACGAAGGACAAGCUUUUCCAGUUCCUGAAGCUAAGGAAAUAUUCCAUCAAAGUUCACUGAGGACAACAGGACAGAUGGGACUUCAUCCGAGAAUGAACCCUGAAGGAGCCAGUGAGACUUACAGACGCCGAGGGAGGCAGUGCGUUGUGGCUGCCUGA